ACUCCUCCCCCGCCAUUUCUACUCUCUUCCUUGUCUCUUCACAUCGCCCAAAAUAUCAGCUACAGAUAGCUUCGUCCAAAUCAACGCUAGGAGAAUGGUGGUAUAUCUCGCAAACUUGGACGGCCAAGGCCUCGUCUUCACUUAUGGUCUUUUCGGCGUGCAACAUGACGAACUCACGGCCGAAAAGAAGAAAGUCAUUUCCACCUUGUACUCCCUGUUGAGUCAAUCUGCCGACCGAGUUGAUCACUUACAGGAUGAGAGCCACGGCGUCCCGCGUGAGGGCCCGAAGUGCACCACUUUCGUGGGAUACUGGCUGAAAUCCGGCGACUACGAGAAGUGGAAGGAAACGGACGAAGUGAAACAAUUUUGGGACGGUCUGCCUGAAGAUGCGGGUGUUUGGCGGGAGGUGAUGACUGUCCCGAAGUCUCGUUACAUGUUUGCGGCAAACCAACACGAGACAUCUGGCCUGGCCACGAUGCUGGGUCUCAAAGCCAGCACGGACGAGGCGUACUGGGGUGUCUAUCGCCAUCGGCUCAGCGCCAAUCCCGACGAGUAUACCGAUCCGGAUGAUACUUUUACGUCGCCGCUUGCCACCAGCUCCAAAGCCAAGCCUGAUCCGAGCAAGAAAGUCGUGGAUCUGUCGAAAUCGUCGUUGUCCGACAAGAUUAGACUGGGAAGGGUCACGAUCAGCAAGAUCCCGGACAAUUUGUGCUAUUGCCGCGAAGGCCAGAGACAGCCGAAUCUGCCUCCAGAAGAGCUUGAAACGUGGAAACAAAAGCUGGCGCCGCACGCCGUCUCCUGGAUGAAUCACCUGGACACGGAGCGCAACAAGAACGGAGUUGUCUCCUUCACGUUCAAUAUUGCACACCUCAACCCCAAGCCUACCUUGGACCCCGGCACAGACCUGGAGGUGGACACCGAUGCAAUUGCCGAGACGAACCAGUUGAUGUACUUGCUUGACCUCGCUCAUUUCGAGUUGGCCGGACGCUCUUUCAAAGACCACGUCAAGCUGCGACAGACGACGUUUGAAAUGUAUGGGCCAGGGGGGGCGCAUAGCCAGAAUGGCAAGCUCUCGAUCUGGGUUGAGCUUUGUAUCUUGAAAUCGGGCGACAUGGACGCGGAGUACGUUGGGUGCAGAGAAGGCACGGGUCUGAUGGUCCUGGAGAAUGUGUAA